AUGGUGGUUGACGAAGAGCUUCGAAGAACCAGGCCGCCGGCGUCAUCCUCGGCAUACCGAAAAUUCCGCGAGGACUUUGGCCACCAGUUCAAUGACGAACAUGUCAUUGAUGCCUCGUGGCAAGCUGCGUUCAACGGUGCUCCAUCGCUACGUGAAGUUCUUUCCGGUCCCAAAAAAGCCUUGAUGUUCCAGAAUCUGACUCAAUACCCCGUUGCCAGGGCCGUCAUGGGUGCUCUGGGAGGUGGACAGCUUGCAGACUGGAUCGGCCGUAAGAAGGUCAUCAUGAUGGCACUCAUCAUUGCUUACGGUGCCAUCACGAUGGAGCUUGUGGCUACGAGUCCCGCCUUGUUCUUGGGGGGCAAGCUGCUCAAUGGCUUCUCCAUUGGCGCCAUCCAGGGAAUUACAGUGACCUACAUUGGCGAGGUCACCCCUCUUGCGCUGCGCGGCAUAUUCACCUGCCUGUCUGCGCUGUCAUACACAAUCGGUCCCCUCAUCGUCGCCCUCAUCGUUAAUGAGACGGGCGACCUCCCCAACCGAUGGGCCUACCGCGCCGUCUUCGUCGCACAAUAUGGCUUUGCUGUCAUUGCAACCCUCUUUGUGGCCUUUAUGCCAGAAUCGCCCUGGUGGCUGGCUUCCAAGGACCGUGACGAGGCGGCCCUCAAAUCCCUGAACGACCUCGGCCACCGUGGGGACGAGGGUCAGAAGCGUCUUGCCGCCAUCAAGCACACUCUGGCACAGGUCAGCUCUGAGACUGCCGGCGCUACGUAUCUCGAGUGCUUUCGCAAGUCUAACCUUCGCCGCACCAUCGUCUCCAUUGCUCCCCUCUGCAUUCAGUCCCUUAGCGGCGUGAUGUUCGCCGCCGGAUACAGCACUUACUACAUGCAGCGAGCCGGGUACAGCACUGCUAUGAGCUUCAAACUCCAGAUCACCCAACAAGUCUUGUCGACCAUCGGCAACGUCAUGUCAUGGUGGCUGAUCGAUCGCGUCGGUCGCCGCAGCCUCACUUUCUGGGGGCUCUUUGUCCUGACCAUCAUUCUCUUCGCCACGGAAAGCUUGGCCAUCUUCGCCGACCGCGAGCCCGGCGGACCUGAGGCUCGUGCUACGGUUGCUUUCAUUCUGAUCUACUGCUGGUGGUACAACGCCACUAUCGGCGCCACGGCCUAUACUGUGCUCUGCGAAGUGUCCACUUCGCGCCUCCGCAUCAAGACUAUUGCCAUCGGUCUCGCGGCACAAAACAGCUUGAACGUCAUGUUCUCAUUUGUGCUUCCGUACCUCUUCAACCCGGAUCAUUUGAAUCUGGGAGCCAAGAUCAGCUACAUCUUCGGAGUGCUGGCCAUCAUCUCACUCGUCUUCUUGUGGUUCUACCACCCCGAGACGGCUGGAAGGACGUAUGAGGAGCUGGACGAGAUGUUCCUGAAGAAGGUCCCCGCUCGGAAGUUCAAGUCAUAUCAGCCUGACACUGCGGCCAUGGGCGAGGUCGUCAAGGCUGCAUUUGAGAAAGAGGAGCUGCAGGGCGAGGUUACUCAUCGUGCUUGA